CCAUCAUCUUCUUGGCGAGCGAGUGAGCGAGCGCGACGAACGGGGCGGCCUAAUCGGGAAGGCCGUGUAAUCCACAAAAGUUUGACAGUGACAGUAUAUUGGCAAGUUAUUCAGUGGCUCUAGAAAUUUUUUGGAUGCUGACAAACAGUCUAACAGUCUGGUGGAAAGAAAUUUGUUGCAAAUUUGCGUUGCAAGUAUGUUGUUUGUUUGUUGAGAUACCACCCCACCCAAUAAAUAUGAAUAAUUUUCCAUCUUGUUUCGUUUAGAAUGACUUUGAAGAAAAUUAAGUCGGUAAUUUAUUAAUUUGUGGAUAUAUGAAUACUCAAACCUCACCUAGAGCUUUCCAAAAAUCAUAAAAAAAAUUGCAGUUCUUCUAAAAAGUGAAAAAUAAUCGCGACAUAGGCAGAAAGUAUAUGUUGCCUCCGUUGUAAAGGUAAAAAAGUGAGUCAGUAAGAAAAAAUCCAAUCCUACAAAUUCCAAAUGAAAUUUUCCAAGUGGAAAGGUGAAAAAGUUUAAUCAAGUGAAAAUAAAGUGAAUUGAAUAGCGAAACUUGAAAAUAAGCUAAAAGCAUACUGCUAGAAUUGUGCGUUCAAAAAAGAAUUAUUUCGGCUGCAGUUUUUCCUCGAGGUAGUCGCAACACUAAUCAAAUAUUGUCGUCAUCAGUUGCGAGAUCUCGCCCAAAACGAAAAAGAUAUACAAUAAUUUGAGAUUCAUAGAAAGUAUCAUCAAUAAGUGGUCGGUGAAAUAUGCAUUGGAACAAGUAAUCCGGAUCGCAAAGACAUUUUUCAAAUUGUGGAUGGCAGAUUUAAGCAAUUCAUCAGAAAAUUUGAGUCCCAAAGCCGUUUUUGUAUAGAAAUGCAUUAAAGGGCUGGGGCUGCUUUUUCCCAAAUAAGAAAAAAAAGGAAAACGCAUUUUCAUCGUUCUUUCGUCUCCGAAAUGUUUAACCAUUGGCAUCAGUGUUUAGAGGAUCAUUACAAAGAAUUGGAUUCCACAUAGAAAAGGACACCAACCAUCAUCCAUCCAGCAUCAACAGCAACUCAGGCCCUCACAUCUACCACAACCACCACCAAUAGCAACAUCAUCAUCAACCAGAAAAUCCAAUAAAUAUAAAACAAGAAGGAGAAGAAGAAGAAGAAAAGACAAACCCUAUAUAAAAUUAGUCUAAGCAAACUCCUAUAUUUUCCUUCCUUUUUUCUUUCUAAACUUUCUGUACAUUUUUCGGGAAAUUCGCAAAACACAGCACAUUAACAAGCAAACCUCUACGUACGUGGGCAUAGAGUGGCAAGGGCAUAAUAGGCGAAUGAUCUAUUAUUGACUUGGAUUACACCAUUACCACCACUACCUACUACCUUGACCAACAGGCAUCAACAUCAACACUUUCAUAAUAUUUUGCUACAAAGCUCUCCUCUAAAGCCACUUUAGAGGAGUUCUUGGAAUGUUGGAAUACCCUCAACGUUUUGCGCGUACAGUCCCCGAACCCUUGAUAACACAAAACAAUACAACAACACAUCAUCAUCAACACCAACCACCAACACAUCACCAACAGCCACAGCCACUGCCACAUCAAAACUUUACACAACAACAGCAACAACAUAUUGUAGUGGGAUCACAUUAUCAUCCCCAGCAAGGACAGGGAUCGUAUCCAACUACACCAGCUUCGCCGGCCCAUCAACGCUAUCAGCAGCAACCACCACCACCUCAACACCAAAGGACACUAUCGACAGCCUCAUCGUGCAGUGCCCAACAUAAAAGUGUUACAUUCAGUCAAGUGACGAGUACAUCCAAUAGUGGCGAUUAUAGUGCCGGGAGUAGUAGUGGCAAUUCCAGUUGUGGUGGUCAACAAUCAAUGGCGGGCAACAUGAAGCACGGAAAAUCACAAGAAGAUGUUUGCUACGUAGUAGCCAAAUACGAUUAUGCCGCACAAGGAGCUCAAGAAUUGGAUUUACGGAAAAACGAACGCUAUCUGCUUUUGGAUGAUACCAAACAUUGGUGGCGUGUACAAAAUAAUCGAAAUUUGUCCGGUUAUGUACCCAGCAAUUAUGUAAAAAAGGAAAAACCAUCUCUAUUUGAUAGCAUUAAGAAAAAAGUGAAAAAGGGUUCAGGCUCUAAAACACUACCCAACUGCUCGCCAUCAAGACAAAUUGAAAGUCCAACAAUGUCACGAAGACUGCCACCAGAUCCAUCAGAGGCCAUUGGCUCGGCUAUAGUCAAAUAUAAUUACCAAGCCCAACAACCCGAUGAGUUGUCACUGACCAAGGGUACACGUAUACUGAUAUUAGAAAAAUCAAACGAUGGCUGGUGGCGAGGACAAAGUGGUAAUGCCGUGGGCUGGUUUCCAAGCAACUACACAACCGAAGAUUGUGAUAAUGAUGGUGAAAUACAUACAUAUGCAAUGGCAGAGAAUGUUUUAGAUAUAGUGGUCGCUUUAUAUAGUUUCAAUUCAAAUAACGAUCAAGAGCUAUCAUUCGAAAAGGGGGAUCGUUUAGAAAUUGUCGAUCGUCCUGCCUCAGAUCCCGAUUGGUAUAAGGCUCGUAAUAAUCAAGGUCAAGUCGGUUUAGUUCCACGCAAUUAUUUACAAGAAUUAAAUGAAUAUCUCAGCACACCAUAUCGCAACAAUGGUGGGGCAGCGGGCAAUGGUAACAAUGGGGCCAAUGCUAAUGGCGAUUCCAUUGAUCGUCGUGCCGAUGGUAUGCCACAAAAUUCACCGCCCCCCAUGGAACGACCCAAUUUAGCUGGUAAAUCCUGGUACUAUGGGGCCAUAACACGCAGCCAAUGUGAUACGGUAUUAAAUCAACAUGGUCAUGAUGGCGACUAUCUAAUACGUGACAGUGAAACUAAUAUGGGAGACUAUUCAGUUUCUCUGAAGGCUCCCGGACGCAAUAAGCAUUUCCGAGUUCAUGUGGAGAACAACAUGUAUUGCAUAGGUCAACGUAAGUUUCAUACUCUAGAUCAGCUAGUAGACCAUUACCAAAGAGCGCCCAUCUAUACGAAUAAGCAGGGCGAAAAAUUAUAUUUAGUGCGACCGUUACCAAAAGCCAAUGGUACGUAAAUUCUACACACUGGAAGCUAUCUACAUACAUAUAUAUAUAAAUAGGAAAGACACAAAGAAUAAUAGAAAACACCUCAUUAAAAGAAAAGAAAAGAAGAAAAAACAGAAAACAAAAAACAAAAGAAGAACACUGAAGUAAAAGGUAAAAAAAAUCCCAAUUAUACCAAAAUCUUCUCAAGAAGACAUAUUCACAUUAAACAAUUACUUACUCGGAGAGAUACCCCAUUUACCAUUAUGCUAAUAUGUUGUCACAAUAUCACCUUAAAAAACCCCCAAAACAAAAACAAAAAAGCUAAUAAAAGAAUAAACCAAGAAAAUCAA